AAGAGAAGUUAGGAAACUUUCCCUUCCCUGGCAAGAGCAGGCUGUUCCCUUGCAGCAUGCAGUAUGCAAGUUAAAAGCAGUUACACUUUCUGGCCCAUCCACCUGACAGCCCUAGUCCUGAGUGCCAGAGUAGGGGACACAGUGCCAGCAUGUCCCCUCCUGCCCCACUGCCUGUGGUGUCACAUUCACCACCCUUAGAGCAGGGGCAUGCAGCUCAAUUGCCUGACAUGAAGUGGGUCACAUACAGGCUCUGCCUGCAGGAUCCUGACCCCAUUCUGUCUGGGUGUGCCCAAAACAUGGGCACGAGCCUGAAGGAAGAGCCAGUGGGAAUGUGCCGUGCACCUUUGACCUUAGGACAUGCCAGCUCUGUGAUUGCUUGGGCGGGAGCAUGUGGCUGUAUAAAAUCCCUGGAGGAGACCUUGCUCUGGCAGUGCGAGCCGGUCUCUGUGCACAAUGGCUGACCCCAGGGAGCCUGAGAAUGGGGCAGUUGAGCUGGGCACCCCUAAUGCCGCUGCCCCCACAGGGACCAUGUCCACCCGGCGCCUGCGCAGCGAGGACUACAAUGACUACAGUUCCACAGAUGUCACACCCGAGGGGAGCCCUCCCGACGGCAUGAACGGCUUCGCCCACCCCGAGUCCUACCAGCGCUUCGGGGAGACCAAUGGCACAACGUGGUACCAGACCCUGAUCCAUCUGCUGAAGGGGAAUAUUGGGACGGGGCUGCUGGGGCUGCCUCUGGCUGUGAAGAAUGCUGGCAUCCUGCUGGGUCCUCUGAGCCUGCUGGUGAUGGGAGUCGUGGCUGUGCACUGCAUGGGCAUCCUGGUGAAAUGCGCCCAUCACUUCUGCAACAGGUUCCAGAAGCAGUUUGUGGACUAUGGAGGUGCUGUGAUGUACGGGCUGGAGGCAACUCCCAGUGCCUGCCUGAGGACACAUGCCAUCUGGGGAAGGCGUGUAGUGGGACUUUUCCUGAUCAUCACUCAGCUGGGUUUCUGCUGCGUGUACUUUGUCUUUCUGGCGGACAAUCUAAAACAGGUUGUGUCUGCUGCAAAUGGGACCACCAAUGACUGCAGCUCAAACAGGACGGUGGUGAUGACCCCCACCAUGGACUCCCGCCUGUACAUGCUUUCCAUCCUGCCUUUCGUGGUGCUGCUCACGUUUAUCCAGAACCUCAAGGUCCUGUCCAUCUUCUCCAUGCUGGCCAAUGUGGCCAUGCUUGUCAGCCUUGUUGUGAUCUACCAGUACAUUGUCAGGGACAUUCCUGAUCCCAGAAACCUGCCUCUAGCAGCAGCCUGGAAGACCUACCCCCUGUUCUUUGGCACUGCAAUCUUUGCUUUUGAAGGCAUCGGCGUGGUGCUGCCUCUGGAAAACAAGAUGAAGAAGCCCCGGCAGUUCCCAGUCAUCCUGUACGUGGGGAUGACCAUUGUCACCAUCCUGUACAUCAGCCUGAGCGUCCUGGGCUACCUGCGCUUCGGGGCAGACAUCCAGGCCAGCAUAACACUCAACCUGCCCAACUGCUGGCUGUACCAAGCUGUCAAGCUGCUCUUCUCCUUUGGGAUUUUCUUCACCUACGCCGUGCAGUUCUACGUGCCUGCCGAGAUCAUCAUCCCUCCCCUGGUGGCCCGGGUGUCGGAGCGCUGGGGCUGGCUGGUCAACCUGCUCCUCAGGAUGGCCCUGGUCUGUGUGACCUGCGUGCUGGCCAUCCUCAUCCCGCGCCUGGACCUCGUCAUCUCCCUGGUGGGCUCUGUCAGCAGCAGCGCCCUGGCUCUCAUCUUCCCCCCGCUGCUGGAGAUCGCCACCUACUACUCCGAGGGCAUGCACCCCCUGGUCAUUGCCAAGGACAUCGCCAUCAGCCUCUUUGGCUUCGUGGGCUUCGUGGUGGGCACCUACGAGGCGCUGGUGGAGCUGGUGGCACCCGCGGCCACCGUGGUGAACGCCACCACUGUCCUGGUGCAGUGACCGUCCCCUCGCCCC